CUCGCGGGAGGCGGUGAAGCUGCGGGAGAAUCUUGCUGGGGGACAUCCAGACGUGCCCCGGAUUCGGAACCUCGGAGCCCUCCGCAACCUUUGCAAGCCAGGAUUUCCUCUGCUGGGAAAGGAAGGAAGGGAGGGUGGGGGAGGAAGGAAGAGAGAGGAAGGAAGGAAGGAAGGAAGAGAGCGGAAGGACUGGCAGGGAUCCAUCCUGUGGACCAGAAAUGCUCCCGUGAAGACUCCCUGGAGCCCUUUGGAGCUGCUCUGCUGGAGAGAGGAAGGAUGGAGACAUCCCCUUUGGCAAAGGAGGGGAGUGGAAAAGGCCCCGCAGCUCUUCAGCCUGGGAACUGUGAGGAGAGCUGGACCAGAACCUGGCAGAAGUUCCUGCAGGAGGGAACCAUCCUUCCUUCAGAAGUUCCACCCUGGACCUCCAUCCGAUGCCAGGAGGGUGAGGGUCCCCGAGGACUUUGCAGCCGACUCCAUGACUUGUGCAGGCGAUGGCUGAGCCCAGGAAAGCACAGCAAAGCCCAGAUGCUGGACCUGGUGGUUCUGGAGCGGUUCCUGGCUCUCCUGCCCCCAGAGAUGGAGGGCUGGGUGCGGGAGUGUGGAGCAGAGAACAGCUCCCAGGCGGUGGCCCUGGCGGAAGGCUUCCUCCUGAGCCAGGCGGAGGAGCAGAAGGAGCAGCUCCAGCAGCAGGUGGGAGUCUUUAGGGAGCUCGGAAGGGAAUAAAUAGAGAGAGUGUUUGAAUGCUUCACCCCUCCUUCCCAAACUUCUCUCUCGUUCAUAAUAUGAGGCAAUUCUCCAGUUCUUGUAGGACAUUGUUCCAUUGUUUUCCCACUCAGCCACACAGAUAGAUAUUGGGGGCUUUGAGGUUGUGUUCUGAAUAUAAGAAUCCACUUUAUGUCUUGUGACAUACAUUAAUUCUGCUUCUUCCUUCCUUCCUCCUAUUUGAAGUGCUGCACUGUGGAGAUCAGAGACCCUGAGGGAAAGAAGAACCCAUCAAAU